UACCUGUCAAAAGUUAAAAGCUGCGAUACGAGUUUAAAAAAAAAAAGAAAAGAAAAAGAAUGAGAGAAAGAUGAAAUAGACGACGAGAAGUGAAAUUCGAAAGUGGGUCAAGGAUGAGGGAGGUUCCUUCGGUGGUAUUAUACGCACCAUGAUCGAUCUUUUUCUUUCAUUUAUGGUGAAACGCCAUCAACGUGUCAAAAUCAUCCGAUGAUCCAUUAUAAUCAAAUUUUUAUUCCUACAUUUUUUGUAUAUCGAUUUCGUUUCGUACGAAUGACUCUUUCUUAACGAAAUAGUCGCUCUAAUAUCGUACUAAUUAUUAUUCGAUAAAACGUCGUUUAAUAAUUGAUCGAGCGUUGAAUAUUGGUUAGCUUUGAAAUCAAAGAGUCGAUCCUUUCGACACAACGGAAUUAUUAUUCUCUUGUCGAUUGCACAACGAAAUGAGUUUCGUCCGUGCGAGUAAAUGGGACGGAGCAAAUAAUAGCGUGUAUUCGACCGAAAGCGAGAACUCGAAGAGAUUGAUAGUUGACAUCCGAUCGAGAUAAAUCAAUUUCCCCGCUAUUUACUCGAAUGUUCCACCGACUAAGGACCUAUCGCGAUCGUCGACGUUUGUUAACCUUUUCGAUUAUCGAUAGAUAUUCAUGCAUUAUGAAAGUCGCUUGUUUACGAGCCUCUAGAGCUUUGAAACUUCGUUAUCGUACUUCGAGGAUCGUUGCGUAAGAAAAAUCUGCACCUCUGGUAUGGUUUAAAAAUAUUCCAACUAGAAAGCAAUGAAUUUCAGGACCGUACGAAAAUUCUUCAUACGAUAGAAAACUCGUGGUAACGUUAGAAUGUGUAGAUACUUGCGUAUCGCGAGUGAAAUCGAUCGUACAACUUGCACGGCGUACGUACUUUGAUCCGACUAAUACUCGUCAAGCGAUUAUCGAGAAGAUACUGGAGUCGAUCUGGAGUCAUCCCUCUCGUCAUAUCGUAACGUCGAAAUAAGAGGAAAUUUCGGGAAGCCAAAAGGAGGUUAAAAAUCUCGAGCGAACGAGAUUCGUGUCGCUUAUUUAUUCUGCACGAUACGUACUCUUUAUUGGAGCAGGGUCGUCGUUUGGUCGGGCUCCACCCAGAUCGCCUUAUUGGAAGAAUCGAAGGGCAAGAUAAUAUUCUGCGUAGGUACAGACCGGUGAUCAAGGUUCCUGCAAAUAAAGAUCGUUCUCGACGCGACGGGAAUCGAGUGAACGUACGUCGAUGAGAAGGACGUCGUUACACCUUGCACGACGCAGCCAAUGUCAGAUUUCAUUGGUACGAGGCAUAUAAAAGGUGGGCCAGUUCUACCAACGAGCAUCAUUCGAUAAGCAGCAGCGUUUCGAAGUUUCCAAGAGAACGAGAAGUCAGGAAGAACUUACGAAGAUGUUCAAGCUGGUAGCAUUCGUCGCACUCUUGGCUUGCGUCUCCGCAGCACCAGGAGGAUUGAUCGCACCGGUCGCAGCACCGGUCGUUGCGGCCGCACCAGCGGUUGCAGUGGCUCACACCAUCCCGGUGGCUACCAGCUACGCCAACACUUACAGAGCACCGGUGGUCAAAGCUGCACCGGUCGUAGCAGCCGCACCAGCCCUCGUAGCUGCACCGGCCCUCGUCAAAACCGCACCGGUCGUAGCGGCCGCUCCUGCCCUCGUCAAAACCGCACCCUUCGUCGCCGCGGCUCCGGUCGUCCACGCUGCCGCACCUCUCGUCCAUGCUGCUCCGGUUGUCGCUGCCCCGGCUCUGAUCAAAGCUGCACCCCUUGCUGUCAUCCUGAACGAGACUGACGGCUGGUGCGGCGUAAGCGAAGUGAGAAGUGUGUGCGGUGUAUGCAACCGGGGCUGCAUGUGCGGCAUAAGCAACUGGAGCUGCAUGAGCGGUGUAGGCAAGAGCCGGUGCAUGUGCAGUGUAGGCGAGGCUCGCUGGGUGAGCCGAAUAAGCCACGGCUGGUGCAGCAGCGACGAGAGACGCAGGUGCGCCGAGAUAUCCUGGUGCAGGUGCAGCUGCAGCGCAGACUACGAGGAUGGCCAAUACAACGAACUUUCCGGCAUCACUCGCUCUCGAGCAACUCUCAAGCGGUUUAAAGUUGGAAUAGUCUCGACUAUCGAAGAAAAGGAAGAAACCAUGUACAAGCUCGCUGUACUCGUCGCCCUCAUUGGUUGCGUCGCUAGCGCACCAGCACCAGCACCAGAACCAGCACCAGGCUACCUCGCUCCAGCUCUCCAUGCCGCACCUUUGGUGGCUGCAGCCCCUGCAGUAGCAGUUGCCCAUUCCGUACCGGUCGCCACCAGCUACUCCAACACCUACAAGGUCUCGGUGAAGAGCCCGCUCGUAGCUGCCACCCCCGUCGUUGCGGCUCACGCAGCUCCUCUCGCCUAUGCAACCCCGCUCGUCAAAGCUGCUCCCGUCGUCGCGGCUGCGCCUGCUGUCGUCGCUCAUGCCGCACCCCUUACCUAUGCCGCCCACGCACCCCUCAAGGAUCGUCAACCUAUCGAAUCGAGAUCUCGAUACAACCUUGACUGGUUCCCGGACGUGAGCAACUAUCUUCGCUGUGCCUACGCAUACGUUUUCGGUCAACGACCCUUAUGUUUCAUAUGCUCGACCUGUAGUAUAUAUCCAGACAGGGUGUUACUACUGAACAGACCUGUAUCCGAAGGUCUUUCGAAGAGCACGGAAGUCUUCUACUAUAUAAACCUUGGAGAACCUCAUCCGUGCAGAUCAGUCGCAGAUUCUCAAAGCGCAGCUGGAAAACGAAGAAGCUCCGACAUGUUCAAGCUGGUGGUCCUGUCCUGUCUGUUGGCCGUUGCGCUGGCGAAACCAAGCGAAAUCGCGCCAGCUAUCGUAGGAAAUCUUAUAUCCGAGAAGAGCAUCGAAUCCCACGGGAACAGCGUGGUUCACUCGGUCGCGCCGGUGGUUGCACCGGUGGUUGCACCAGCCAUUCCGCUGGUAAAAACUAUCGAACCGGUGUUACCGGUGGCCAAGGCUGCAGCCGUCGUCGCUGAGAAAACAAUAGAGUCUCACGGACAUUCGAUCGUUCAUCAUUCAGCCCCGGCAGCAGCCGUUUCCUACUUAACACAGGCGACUCCUGUCGUUUCAGCAGCACCGCUCGCGAUAACUGAAAUCAAACAGUUGUCAGAGAAGUCUCAAAAGACGCAAGAGACUUUGGAGAAAUUGGAAUCCCCUCAGCAGAGCAAACAGUUACUCGAGAAGAUCGAGAACGUCGGUCGACAAGCGAUUAAUAACGAAGCUUCCAACGUUUCACCGAAAGCAGCAGGAAUCGUUCAGGCUUCAGAAAGAACAGAGUCUCAAGAAAGGAACGAGUCCGAGAAGAGCAGACAACUUUCGGAGAAAAACGAAUCUUACGGACAACUCAUCCUUCAUCAGCAGCCUGCACCUGCGACUCUCUCUUACUUGGCAGCUACUCCCCUCGUUUCUGCUUUAACACCCGUAGCGCCGAGCGUGAUCGCUCACACCUUGAAGACCGGCAACGUCGUCGAGAAAUCGGAAUCACUUCAGUCGAAGCAAUUGGCGGAGAAAUUGGAAGCUCUCGAGAAUAGUGCUAUUCAGGAGGCUGCACCUUUGCUACACGCCACGCUGCACGCCGCCCCAUUCGCCUACGCAGCCUCUGCCCCUGCUGCACAUCUUUAUUAUUAUUCUUAUCCUGCCGCUGUACUCGCUGAAAAAUCCAUCUCCAGUUAUGGCCAUAGCAUCGUUCAUGGCGCUUAAAUUAUCAUCAUCAAGGAUUCCCGUUAAAGCUGGAUAUCUUUCUCGUUCAUCGUUGACCCUACAUUUUUUAACGAUCACGAUAAAUUGACGAACGACACCCGCCAAUGCUCUCGUCAAAACCCAUUCUUUGGUUUGGACCACCUAGCUCGAACUGUCGAUCUCUACUCGAUCGGUGAUUCCUUCUUUUUAUUUUUCUUUAAACUUUCUUUAACUACUCUUAUCUUAUUUCCAUCUCGCAGACGACGCAUUCUCCUCGCUCAUUAUUCCUUAGAUGCAUAGAAGCUGGAACAGAGUUCUCGAGUCCUUGCAUAUCUUCGAAUUCUCCGAGACAACGAGAAGCGUCCUCGUCUUCGAGGCCCCGUGUUUUAAAAAUCUUUCAUUUCGGACGAGAUCUUUGUCACUCCCGACAAGAAACUGCCAAAAAAACUGGCCGUCCGACUGCGACUCGAUCUGCUUUAUUUUUAAGUAUUAGCUUUAGGUACGAAACGUCGAUACUUUUGUGUACGAAAAGAAAACAAUUAAGCAUUGUAUACGUACUACUUCAUGCUUUUAUGAUUAUUAUACUUGAAU